CCAGGAGCCCCGACCCACCGGAGGACCGACCAGGAGCCCCGACCCACCGGAGCCCCGACCCACCGGAGGACCGACCAGGAGCCCCGACCCACCGGAGCCCCACGCGCUCCUCUGCCUUCCCCUCUCCUCCUCAUGCGCCUCCCCGGCCUCUCCGUGGCUCUGCUGGCCGCGUGCUGCGCGCUGUGUCCGGCCGCGGUCCGCGCCGCGUCCUGCGAGUCGGUGCGGAUCCCGCUGUGCCGCUCGAUGCCGUGGAACAUGACGAAGAUGCCGAACCACCUCCACCACAGCACGCAGGACAACGCGGUGCUCGCCAUCGAGCAGUUCGAGGGGCUGCUGGGUACCGGCUGCAGCCCCGACCUGCUCUUCUUCCUGUGCGCCAUGUACGCUCCCAUCUGCACCAUCGACUUCCAGCACGAACCCAUCAAACCCUGCAAGGCCGUGUGCGAGCGCGCGAAGUCGGGCUGCGAGCCGGUGAUGAAGCGCUACAACCACAGCUGGCCCGACAGCCUGGCCUGCAACGAGCUGCCGCUGUACGACCGCGGCGUCUGCAUCUCGCCCGAGGCCAUCGUCAAGGCAGAGGGACCAGAUCCAUAUUACCCGGAACCAGCCAGGUGUAAUCCAGAAUCCAGUCCAGACUUUCCGACUGCCGCGAACAACCUCCACUGCAGAGGACCAAACGGAGAUCGCUGUCGAUGUAAAACCGUCAGGAUGAUUCUGAAAAACUACCUGAGGAACAACUACAACUACGUGAUCCGGGCACGGGUGCGCGAGGUGAGGAACCGCGGCCUGGAGCCCACGGCAGUGGUGGAGGUGAAGGAGGUGCUCAAGUCUUCUCUGGUCAACAUCCCCAAGGAGACGCAGACGCUCUACUACUCGUCCUCCUGCCUGUGUCCUCCUCUGGCCCUGGGGGAGGAGUACCUCAUCAUGGGCUACGAGAACGAGGAGACGUCCAGGUUGCUUCUGAUUGACAGCUCCAUCGCUCAGAAGUGGAAGGACAAGAUGAGCAAGAAGCUCAAGAGAUGGGAUCAUAUCCUGCAGGGCAGAGGUCGAGGAGGUCAGCGCGGGACUCGCCAAUGAGAUCUGAUGUGUGUGUGUGGAUAUUGCACUAUAACAGGCUGUUGUGGCUGAAUGUAGUUCAUCUCUUCAUCCGUCUGAUUUUGGUCUUUUAUUUUCUUUGCACAAUCAUUAUUUAGUGUGCGUUUAAUGAGUGUGUUUGUGUGUGUGUGUGUGUGUGUGUGUGUGCGUGCGUGUGUGUGCAUUCAAUAAAGACAAGAGGGGGUGGAGCUUCUGAGCUCAGUCUGUACGUGACACUUUUUUUUUGGAACAAAUGUCUUUUCGGUGGAAGCCAUGUUGCUUUAUUGACCCUGGAUGUUGGCCAGUUUACCAUGGCAACAGGAUAGAGGGCGUUUUAAAAAUGGACAUUUGGACUCUGAUGAUAGGUCUGUAACCACGACCUGAACUUUAACCGAACGUGAGGAAAGAGGAUUCAAAUGUGCAGCAACAGCAACCGGAGCAACGAACGAGGGCAACGGAGAGUUAACGUCUUCAGUGUCGUGUGAUCCACACGUGGACAACUACAACUACACAGAGACAUAAAACUACACAGAGACACUGUGUCUCUUCGAGGAUGAUGUAAGAGCGGUGGCACUAAAAGUCUGUCCAUGAAUCCAAUGAGAAUUACUAGUAAUAAUUAUUGCUGAUACAUAAUAAAUGUUGGAUAACUUCUUCUAAUUUCA